AUGAAUUCCGGAUAUAAUUCAUUUGGAGGCAAUCGCUCUGCAUCCUCAAAAUCAACCCCCACAUUUCACGGCCAAUGGAAAAAGCUAUUUAUCGGACAGAUCCCUAAGUCGUUUACCGAACAGGACGUUAUUCAUAUUUUUGAAGAUACAUGCCCAGUAUUUCAGGCGCAUAUUAUUCGUGACAAACAAACAAAUGAGCACAAAGGUUGUGCUUUCAUCUAUGUCGAGCCCAAAUCAGCUAAUCUCAUCAAGGAGAAGUACCACAAUAAAUACAUAUGUCCAAACAUGAUGAACAACCUCCAAGUCAAAGAUGCAAUCAACUCUAAUCGUAAUUCAUCUAACCACGAUGAUAAACCCCACUCCACCUUUGCACCGCACAAAGAUCGACCAUCAUCCGAUUCACCUCAUCCCUACCACCCCUCCGAGCCGAUCCCCUCCGAGUCUGCAGACCAAACCAGUCUCCCCGACGGGGCUUCCACGCAGCCGGCUCCUGCUCAGCCUUCCCCUUCAGCUCCACAGCCGUCCCUUCCAGCCAUGUAUCCUAUCCAAUACUACCCGAUUUAUCCCUCCAAUUUUCUCUUCCCCUCCAACUUCCAGCCCGCAAUGACCUCCGUUUCCCCACGGACGGCUCGGAUCCUCGCUCUGACUCCUCCUCCGCUUCGCAGAUCGCCGAGCCGAACGUGGUUCUUCCCGUUCCCGCGCCGUUCUCCAUGUUUUACCCGCAAUUCCCCGGACUUAACAUGA